AUGAUACGCAUCGCGGCAGAGUGCGGUGAGGAAGGGCGAAGCUUGGUGUCUUGUGCAGACGUCGGAGGCUGCGAGAUGCAUGAGGUGCGGGUGCUUGCAGCCGCCGUGUUUCGCGGAGUCCGAGCCGUAGGCGGCGUCGGUGACGAGGGACGUGGCGAAGCCGAAGUGCUCAGCCAGCGUGAGCGGCGGUCUGGGUUCGAGGCUGAGCAGCGAUGGGAGAUGCUUGUUGCCGAACCAUUUGGCCAGUGCUUUGCACAGCUGCUUGCCCGUCUUGAUGCUGCCCGAGAACCCCCGGAAGCCGAGCGGAGUGAGGCAGGGCGUGCCAUUUGGUCCACGGGGACACGUCUGACAUACAGGCUCACAGCCGAUGUUGGCAACCUGGUGAGGCAGGUGGCCGGGCAGGCAGUCGUUGAGCAAGUGCAGCAGCUGAUGCAGGCAUUCCUCGCCGUCCUGCGGGUAAUACAGUCUCAUGGAGUUGCUAUAGAAGUCGCAGGCGUAGGUUGUCAGAGCACUGCCGUAGCCGAGCACUCUGGUGAGGAUGCUGGGACAGUCGGCGGUGAGCCUCCCAACGGCUUUAACCAAGGCGUCGGCAGGGAAAGUGGCGGCAUAGAGGCUAUUCUCAGUCUGCUCGUCGUAACACAAUUUAAUGCAUUUACGCAACUUAUCGUAGACACAGUUGUACGGGAGGCCCGUCAGCCAUACGAGCAUCUCGUAGACGUUGCACGGCGACCUGGUGGAAGAGUAAGCGGCGUAGUGACACGCCUUGUAGUAAUCAUUGAGACAUUCGAGAAGAAUCCCGAGCGCAUUCUUGGUGUGUUUAUCAGAGUUGAAGACACGUUCGAAAUUGCCGACAAGGAGCAUGUCACCGGUGAGCGCGGCGCCGGAGUACGCACUGAUGUACGCGUUCCUCAGCUCGGCGGCGAAGGCACUGAGCCCGUCCGUCACGCCGUCUAUCACAGCCGUGCUUGGCCUGGCGAAGCACUCCGGCCUGAGGCCGGCGAGUGCCUUGUCAAGCGCGUCAAGCAGACCACGGACCUCAUGGCCGUAGCGUUGCGCACCGGUUAUGUGGGUGAGCAGAGCGCUGAGCGCCGAGUAGACUCCAUUGAGUUCAUCGGUGUAAUCGUCUUGGGACUUGGGGAGCAGGGGAUUUUUUUCGCCCUCACGCUCCCUGUGCUCCCUCCGGAUCUCACUGCUGACGUACUCGUUGAGCGGGCUGUAGAAAGCGUGGAACGCGGAGGACAAUGCUCGGAGCAUUCUGCUCUGCACGUUCCUUAG